AUGUCGUCAACCGCCAAAGUGUGGGUGGAUAAGAACAGUCGCGUGAUCUGUCAAGGGUUCACCGGAAAACAGGGAACCUUCCAUUCGACGCAAGCCAUUGAUUACGGCACCAAUAUGGUUGGUGGAGUCACGCCGAAAAAAGGCGGGCAGGAGCAUCUCGGUCUACCGGUAUUUAACACGGUCCAAGAAGCCGUCGACGGGGUACAACCGGACGCCUCGGUUAUUUACGUGCCGCCCCCCUACGCGGCCCAAGCCAUUCUGGACGCGAUCGAGGCCGAAAUCGGACUCGUCGUCUGCAUCACGGAGGGAAUUCCUCAGCAAGACAUGGCGCGCGUCAAACACGCCUUGCGGCUACAAGACAGGACACGCUUAAUUGGACCCAAUUGUCCCGGGAUUAUUAAACCCGGUGAAUGCAAGAUUGGUAUCAUGCCAGGGUACAUUCACCGGCCUGGGAAAAUCGGUGUAGUGUCGCGGUCGGGAACACUAACGUACGAAGCAGUUUGGCAAACUACGGUAACGGGACUGGGCCAGUCGACAUGUGUCGGUAUUGGCGGGGACCCUUUCAAUGGAACCAACUUUAUUGAUUGCUUGGAACGUUUCACCAAUGAUCCCGAGACGGAAGGUAUCAUCAUGAUCGGAGAAAUUGGUGGAUCGGCCGAAGAAGAAGCCGCCGAAUGGCUCAAGGAAUACGGCGACCCCAACAAACCUGUGGUUGGCUUUAUUGCUGGACUCACAGCUCCUCCGGGACGUCGUAUGGGACAUGCUGGUGCCAUUAUUGCUGGAGGAAAGGGCGGUGCGGAAGAAAAGUUCCAGGCCCUGGAGUCUGCUGGAGUUCACGUGUCGCGCUCUCCAGCUCGUCUCGGAGCCACCAUGCUCGAAGCCAUGGGACUGGAAGCGCCGGAAACUCCGCUUGAGCCGCAAAGUGCUUGA